AUGUCUUUCAACAUCUUUCUGCUAGUUAUAUCAUGUGCUCUAUGUGAGCUUGCAGCCUCAGAAUUUGAGUUCACUUAUAAUGGAUUCAAAUCAGCAAACAUGAGCAUAGAUGGCUUAUCACAGUUAACCUCUAAUGGGCUGCUGAAGUUAACUGAUUCAACCACACAGAAAACAGGUCAUUCAUUUUAUCCGAAUCCAGUCAAUUUUAAGAACACUUCAGAUGGUGCAGCACAUUCUUUUUCUACCUCUUUUGUCUUUGCAAUUGUGCCUGAAUAUCCAACUUUGGGUGGUCACGGCUUCGCUUUUGUUAUUGGACCAACUAAAGGCCUUGCAGGAGAUCAUCUUCCAUCACGUUACAUAGGUCUUUUCAGCGACAAAAACAACGGGAACAUCACCAACCAUGUUGUUGCAGUGGAGUUUGAUAUGAUACUGAAUCGCGAAUUUGAAGAUAUUAAUGACAACCAUGUUGGAAUUAACAUCAAUCAGAUGAAAUCUGAGGUAUCAAAGCCAGCAGGUUAUUACGUUAGUAACGAUCGUCCAUUUCAAAAUCUGACUCUUAUCAGUGGCCAGAUAAUGCAAGCUUGGGUUGAAUAUGAUGCUGUAUCUAAGCAAAUUCAUGUUACCUUAGCACCCGUCGUAGCUGCUAAACCAAACACUCCACUUUUGUCUUUGUCCUAUGAUCUUUCACCUAUAGUGGAACAGACCAUGUAUAUCGGUUUUUCAGCAGCCACCGGCUCUGUGGCAUCAUCUCACUAUAUUCUGGGGUGGAGUUUCAAGAUAAAUGGCAUGGCUGCAGGACUUGAUAUUUCUAAGCUUCCAAAACUUCCUCGAAUCGGACCUAAAAAGGUAUCAAGGCUUCUAUCCAUUGGCUUGCCUGUGAUUUUGGUAGUUGUUCUUUUAGUUUCUACCUUUGGAGUUGUUUAUCUCAUAAGAAGAAAAAUGAAGUUUGCUGAAUUGCUUGAAGACUGGGAACUUGAAUAUGGACCUCACAGGUUCAAGUACAAAGAAUUGUACAUUGCUACCAGAGGUUUCAAAGAGAUGGAGCUAUUGGGUAGUGGGGGAUUUGGUAGUGUGUAUAGAGGGGUAUUGCCUAGUACAAAAAUGGAAAUUGCAGUAAAAAAGGUGUCUCAUGAAUCAAGACAAGGAAUGAGGUCUUUUAUUGCAGAAAUUGUCAGCAUGGGUCGUUUACGCCAUAGGAAUUUAGUUCCCCUUCUUGGCUACUGCCGGCGAAAAGGUGAGCUGCUCUUAGUUUAUGAGUACAUGCCUAAUGGGAGCUUAGACAAGUAUCUGUAUGGAAAACCCAUAGGCAUCCUAAGUUGGAGUCAAAGGUUUCAUGUGAUUAAAGGUGUGGCUUCAGGCCUGUUUUAUCUACAUGAAGAAUGGGAGCAAGUAGUGGUUCACAGAGAUAUAAAGGCUAGUAAUGUCUUACUUGAUAGUGAAUUCAAUGGAAGAUUAGGAGAUUUUGGUCUUGCAAGAUUAUAUGAUCAUGGUACUGAUCCUUAUACAACUCAUGUAGUGGGGACCAUCGGCUACCUUGCCCCUGAGCAUACUAAAACAGGCAAGGCUACAACUAGCAGUGACGUCUUCUCUUUUGGCGCAUUCUUGCUUGAGGUUGCUUGUGGGAAAAGGCCAAUAGCUCCAAAAGCACCGUCGGAGGAAGUUGUUCUGCUAGAAUGGGUGUUUUCUUUUUGGCGCAGAAGUGAACUUAUUCAGGUGGUUGAUCCUAAAAUGGGAUGUGAUUUUGUGCCAGAGGAAGUGGAGUUAGUGUUAAAACUUGGGUUGUUAUGUUCUUCUUUGGAGCCAUCAUACAGGCCAAGUAUGCGACAGAUUGUUCUCUACUUAGAGGGCUCUGUGGCUCUGCCGGAGUUUGCGUCGCUCAAUCUUUGUUCUGCUGGACUUAUUGUUACACAUACUCAUAGCUACGACGAGAUGGCCUUGACACACUCAUCUUCUGUGGAGAAGACAUGUUCUUAUUGUUCCUCCAUUUCAAAUUCCCUUCUUACUGGAGGUCGAUAAUUAAAUAAGUUUAUGCGCUAAAAUUAUUGACUGAUAUGAGGAGGUUCAUGAUAUUAGUAGUGGCUAAGUGUAGCAGACUAUCAUUAAGCAAUUAGAUAAUUGGUAAUAUCAAAUAUAUGUAAUUUUCUCAUUUGCUCUAUUUUAUGUUUAGGCUUUCAGUAUGGCUUUUCUGUUCAAAGCAUUAUUAUUUGCACUUUAUGUAAUUCAAUAAAAUUGUUUUGAUACAACAA